AAAGUCCGCGCACCGACUGCUCUUGUUGACAACUUUGAGCUCAAUCUUUUUAUUCGACCUACCAGUUUUACAUCUGAACUGAACGGAAUACGUCUUUUUAAAAUGGAGUUUGUUAAAGGCUGGAAGAUAAUGAAGGAUGGAGUUUUGGAUCCUCUGAAUUUGGUUGAUUCAUAGCCUUCCACAGCAAGACAAAAUGGAGGACCACUUAAAAAGAGCUCCAUAUAAAAACAAGACAUGCCAGUCGUCACCCGAGGACUGGUUCAAGAGUAGGCAGAGAUCAGUAGACAAUCAGUAUGACGUGGCACAAAGGACAAACCUCUACAACAGCAGCUCUCACACCAACAAGUGCGCUGAUCUCAAAACCCGCAGUGGUCUAAAUGAUGAUUCAAACAAGCAAACUGGAAAGUUAUUAAAAGACAACAGAGCUGAGUCUUCCUCUCAGGACAAAAUAAUCAGCAGGAGAUCAAAAGACAGAGGUGACAGAGGGACCAAACCUUCCCCAAACCCCGCAGAGAGAGCCAAAUCAGCCAUUACAUGUAGCAGCACAUUUGAAAUGAAACUUGCCGAUUUCCCUGAAUUGGGUGAUAUCACACCCAGCAACCCUACAGCAGCUUCCCUGCACCAGGAAUCAUGGGUACGCGCUGGCGCAGUCACGCCAGCAGAGUGUCAGAGUUCACCAGCACCCCUUUGUAAGAUUGUACCAAAACGAAGAACCAAGUCGGCACAGCUAGUCCCGUCCAGUGGAAAGUGUGACAUGUCAUCAGCUAUCACAGCAGCCCAAUUUGAUUUAGAUCAGGACCAAUCCAAUCCCACCGGAUCUUCUGCUCAGUCCUGGGCAAACAUUGCUUCUCAGCCUCCCAGAGUCAUCCAGAAAAGCUCUAAAGCCAACAGAUUGUCUCAGGAGGAUUUAACUACGCAGCUAGUUGAGCAGACAGAGAAGAAGAGGAGGAAGAAAAAGAAGAAAUCCAAAACAGCAUCUGAGAACGCAGAGGAGACACUAGAGGAACAUCUGAUACAGCAAGAGCCUCCAAAGUUUGAGGAUGAAGAGGAGUUUCCAGACCUAUCACAUGCAUCUGAACUCAAAGGACAUUCAGUAGCACAAAAAGAGGGAUUGUCCCUACACAAAGCCACUACACCCGCUUCUUCCUCCAGUGACACUAAGAAAACACAGCAGACUAGUCAGAAGAAGUCAAAAGUUCCUGUACAGCUUGACCUUGGAAACAUGCUGACCGUUCUUGAGCAGAAGCAACAGUCUCAAAAAUCCACACAAGACCAGCGACCACUAACACUUUCAGUUGGAGGAGCUCUGCCUGUAGUCCACAAAGAACCUUCAGUUCAGAAAAAACCAUGGCAGCAAGAGAAGACACCGCACAACCCGCUGGACUCCACCUGUCCAUUAGUGAAGAAGGGAAAACAGCGAGAAGUUCCCAAGGCGAAGAAACCAACACCACUCAAAAGAGUCAUUCUUCGGGAGAGAGAGGAAAGGAAACAGAACCGCCUGCUGGAGGAGAGAGACCCAACCCGAGUGGCCACUGAAGCUGGUGAAAACGAAACCAGUACUAGUGAGAAUCCUUCUGAAACGAGCCUCGCUGACCAUGACCAACAUCUUCACACAAACAUAGAUGAGAUGCCUGGACUCGUUGGGACUGAGGAGUCAGAGAGUGGCCAGCCUGGUUCACCAUCUCAUCACAAGUUGGAUGACAGCGUGUCAGAAAAUGCAACACUAAAAUCCUGGAAUCCCAAUCUUCCCAAAAUCCACAGCGAGACUACUGCAACCAGGUGCUUAGAAAAGAUGUAGAUGAAUGUGUGAGCAGCUUACUGAAGGAGCUGGUGAGGUUUCAGGAUCGUCUUUUUCAGAAAGACCCCAUGAAAGCCAGGAUG